GCGGAAGUGGUAGUGAAACUGUAAACAAGAAGCGUAAGGGCGAGAGCCAUCUUCACGUCGUCAGUGAGCUCGGAAACAACGCGCCGCCAUGGGGGCCGUGCUCGGACUGUGCUCUAUGGCAAGCUGGAUACCCUGCUUGUGCGGGAGUGCCCCCUGCCUGUUAUGCCGAUGCUGCCCCAGUGGGAACAACUCAACAGUUACCCGGCUCAUCUACGCCGCCUUCAUGCUGCUGGGCGUGGGUGUGGCCUGCAUCAUGCUCAUGCCUGGGAUGGAGGCACAACUCAAGAAGAUUCCUGGCUUUUGUGAAGGAGGGAUGGGAUCUUCCAUUCCUGGCGUGCAGGGUCAUGUGAACUGCGAUGUUCUUGUUGGCUACAAGGCUGUGUACCGUGUCUGUUUUGGCAUGGCCAUGUUCUUUCUGCUCUUCUCACUCCUCAUGAUCAAAGUAAAGAGUAGCCAAGACCCCAGAGCUUCAGUACAUAAUGGAUUUUGGUUCUUCAAGUUUGCUGCUGCCACUGCCAUUACAGUUGGUGCGUUCUUCAUUCCAGAAGGACCGUUUACAACAGUGUGGUUCUAUGUGGGAAUGGCGGGAGCAUUCUGCUUCAUCCUGAUCCAGCUGGUGCUGCUUAUUGACUUUGCUCAUUCCUGGAAUGAAUCCUGGGUGGAGAAGAUGGAGGAGGGCAACUCCCGUUGCUGGUAUGCAGCUCUUCUGUCAGCAACAACAGUCAACUACACCUUGUCCUUGAUUUCCCUGGUCAUGUUCUACAUCUACUACACCCACACUGAGGGCUGCACAGAGAACAAGGUCUUCAUAAGUAUCAACAUGCUGCUCUGCAUAGGAGCCUCCGUCAUGUCGAUCCUGCCCAAGAUCCAGGAAUCUCAGCCAAGGUCUGGCCUGUUGCAGUCCUCCAUUGUGACACUCUACACCAUGUAUCUGACCUGGUCUGCUAUGACCAAUGAGCCUGACAGGAAGUGCAACCCAAGCCUGCUCGGAAUCAUUGGCUACAACACCACCAGCCCGACUGGCCGUGACCACGUGGUUCAGUGGUGGGAUGCUCAGGGCAUUGUGGGACUGAUCCUGUUCUUGAUGUGUGUCCUGUAUUCCAGCAUCCGAAACUCGUCCAAUACGCAGGUGAACAAGCUGACUCUGACCAACGAUGAGUCAGCGCUCAUCGAGGAUGGGCCCAGUCACCCAGAGAACUUUGAGGAAGGUGACGGUGUGAGCCGUGCCAUUGACAACGAGCGGGAUGGUGUCACCUAUAGCUACUCCUUCUUCCACUUUAUGCUUUUCCUUGCCUCCUUGUAUAUCAUGAUGACAUUGACCAACUGGUACAGCCCUGAUGCCAACUAUGAGAUGAUGACAAGCAAGUGGCCUUCCGUGUGGGUGAAGAUGUCAUCUAGCUGGAUCUGCAUUGCUCUUUACGCGUGGACCCUUGUGGCUCCGCUUGUGCUCACAAACCGCGACUUUGACUGAGGAAGGGCUCAGUGAAUCUCUACUUGCCUGUCAUUGUGAAUACCCAGCAGUGUACUUCGUGACAAGCUUUGUCACCGCUGUAAAUAACCAUUUUCCUUGUGGCUGACCACAUAUUUUUGUUUUAACUGCAUGUUCAUUGUAGAUCAGGUUCCAGUGAGUAUUGCAGAAAGAUGUCAAGAAAGUUGUCUUUAAGGAGGGUGACAUCAGUGGAAAAUUACAGGGUUUAAGUUGUCUUUGAGACCGUCUUUAAAGAUAAGAGUUCAGGAAAAGGAAAGUGCUUUGUAUUGAAGAGGAAACAAGGCUGACUAUUAAGAAGGGAAUGGCCUAAAAUGCUUGAUUGGCUUUAAGUGGAAAGCUUGGCAUUUAUGAAUCUGACAGCUUUGAAAUCCAUUUCUUUUCUGCAGUGAACAGCCAGGUGUACUUUCCUCACUCUGGAAGCUAGAUUGAUGUAUAUGCACAGAUUUGUGCUUUUAUUUUCAUUGGUUUAAAUUAUGUAGGAAACCAAACUGUAGUGCAUGCAUGCCAUGAGUUGUACCUACUCUGCUUUUAAUUUGCUGUGAUCUUAGCCAGAAAACUUAAUUUGGUAGUAGAUGUAAUAUGUUGAAUGGUGUCAAAGUAUACAUCAAAAGUUGUUCCUUUAGUAUUGUACUUUUUUUUUUUUUUUUUUUUUUCUGUAUUGUUGGAUGUUUUGCACUGAGUUUUUAAUAGGUCUUGACACCUUUGUUUAUACUGUGGAACUUAAUUUAGCAUUUUCACAGUUGUACCUCCAGUGUUUUAGACUGAUGUGCUAUGUGUACAGUAAUUCAAUUUAGUAGAGCUAAUGUGGUAGUUCUGCUUUUUUUGGCUGUGACAUGGAAGUGCAAUGUAACCUACCUUCAUUAAUUCCAUUAAAGAAUUCCAUUAUCUAACA